AAAUCUCCAUAUAGGGAAAUUCCAGUUUUUGGUUUCGCAUUUGUUGUAUAUUCUACUAUUCGUUUGGCUCUGUCAGCGCUCUUCUAUAGCUUUGGUUUGUUAUCUUAUUUGGUUUGGUAGUCUGUGGUAGUGUUGGUUUCGUUUUCCCUGAACUGGGAGGGGGGGAAUGCUUUCUGGGAUUGUUUGGAAUUUUGCUUUCUUUAAGCUUUGAAGGGAUUCGAACAUUCGCUAGUUCAAAUCUCGAUCUGCAAGUGCAAGGAGACUUGUUUUGUUUUUAUAUUUGAGUAAAAAUCCGUUCUUUAUUCGGUUUUUGGCUAGUAAUAUAGAGUUCCUUGUUCACUUGGAGGAAUCAUAAAAAGGGUAAGAAUUUUUUUAUGUACUUGUUCUUGAUUUAUGUUUUUGUGGCUUUCAUUUUGUUACUGUUUUUGGGAAGUUGUUAUUUAUGUAUGUCUAGUGUUAGAUGACGGAAAUAUUGGUGCUUUAUGUUGAUUUUGAUUCAAUUUUCUGUUAGUUUUUUGCUCCAUGUUUGGAAAUUGGAAUUGGGUUGUAUAGAUUUCCUCCUAUCACAUGGAAGUUAUCUUGUUUGUGCAGGAUUGUAGAUGGCGACGCUUGGAGAUAUAGCGGUUUCAGCAGGCAUCAAUCUUUUCACUGCCUUCAUCUUCCUUCUGGCAUUUGCCAUUUUGAGGCUUCAGCCUUUCAAUGAUAGGGUAUACUUCUCAAAAUGGUAUCUCAGGGAUUUACGAAGCAGUCCAAUGCACGCUGGAGCGUAUAUGCGCAAGUUUGUUAAUUUGGAUUUUCGUUCCUACUUGAGAUUCUUGAAUUGGAUACCAGAAGCCCUGAGAAUGCCAGAACUUGAGCUUAUUGAUCAUGCAGGGUUGGAUUCUGUGGUUUAUUUGCGCAUUUACUUGUUGGGAUUAAAGAUUUUUGUCCCCAUAACUUUCCUUGCGUGGUUGAUCCUGGUACCUGUUAAUUUUACAAAUAGCACAUUAGAAGAUAAUGUCAAGCUAUCCAAUGUGACCGCAAGUGACAUUGAUAAGCUUUCAGUUUCAAAUGUCCCUCUUGGAUCAGAGAGGUAUAAGACACUCAUUGCUUAGCAUUUAUUCCUUUAACCUGUCAACUUAGUUGCUUAUCUAUGGUUUACUGAUUAAACUUCUUCUACGCUUGUAGCAUAAAAUUUUGUGAAGAAGUUUAAAAAGACAAUGAUUUUUAGUUUGUAUUGCUAUUGUGGAAGUUUUAACACUUUAGCCUUUGUCAUUUGAAAAUCCCUUUUUACCUUGGACUAUAAAAAUGUUUAGGUACUCUAGUUAAUACAGAUGUAGCUUAUUUAGAAUCUGAUUUCUUGUGUAGUUUUUAGUUCUACAUAUGAUGUGGGCUUGAGCGCAUGGCAUAAGCGUGUGCCCUUUGUGUCAUUAUCAUUUUCUUGGGUGAUCUUGUUUGUCAUCUAUUUUUAGUAACUGAGGUACUUGUUUUACUGUUGUGGUGAAUUGGUGCUACCCUGUGUUGCAGGUUUUGGACUCAUGUUAUCCUGGCUUAUGCCUUCACUUUCUGGACAUGCUAUGUGUUACUAAAAGAGUAUGAGAAAGUUGCUUCUAUGAGAUUG